AUGUCGUCCGCUCACCCGCCCAACUCCAGUCCCAGUCCGCGUUUUAGUACUGGCCCUUCGCAGGAAGCCCGUUCUUCUAGAUUUAAACAGACGAGUACGCCGCGGCGUAUCCGCACUGAGCACCAAGCCGAGUCCGGUCACGAUAAUCCCGAUCGAAAGUCCCAAAGGAUGGAAUCCAGUCGUGCGCACCGUGGUCGCUCUUCCACAGCGGCUUCUUCCAUCCCGGAUUUAGCAUCUCAUCCCGAACCAUACCACCCGAUCAGUGUGUCCUUCACCGAUUCUACCCAUGCCCAACCACCAUCACCCCCCAACCACCAUGGCCGACAUCCACCAGCACAAACAUUGAAGUCGGGGUCGUCCAGAGCCAAUACCAGAAGGGUUCUCGGAGAUGAAGUUUUCAGCGCGAUAGAUGAGAAUGGCGAGAACGCCGAGAGAAGUACUAAGGCCACAAGCCUCACGAGCGGAAAGAGAAGGGUUCAAGCAACCGUGGAGGACCUCGGCGAUGACCCCAAUAUGAGCGGAGCGCUCCCGGAUGACCCGGCGGAUUUGAUGGCCCAGAGCAUUGAAAAUCUGGCCCACGUGGGUGGUGCUGUUGGGGGGGAUGAAGGGACAGAUCCCGACCGUGAGGAGAUGUUCCAUGACCUUAAACAAGUCGAGGCCGGCGAAGAACCAGACGAUGUAGAUACGACACGGAACGGCACUCGCGGUGGUCGUCCCGCGACACCGAAUAACGCUCGCGAUGGUCGUCACAGGAUACCGGAGGAGCGUAUCCGAGGCGAGGGCCCCAGAAAACGUCAUCGAGGUCGGCCCGGUGAUCGAACAGCGUCGGCCCGGCGUGAUCAUCCGCAUGCCUCGACUCGACCGCACAAACCUCGAUAUUCAUGGCAAGGUGUUUGGAACUUCCUUUCUAGUGACAAAGCUGGCACUGGUGAUACCAGACCCGCGGCAUCAAAUGCAGGGAAUGGUCCCCGAAGCGUGCCCCCUGGCCAGACGCCUCGGGAACCCGUCAGCUCGACUCGUGGAGGGCGAGGGUUCAUGCCGACUCAGCACGACAAUCGAGAGGCAGAAACUUCGGAUCGUGAACGUCGCAAGUCGAAAGAGAAACCUUCAGCUGAUAGGCCCCGAGGCCGGACAAGACGGAGCAAGAAACUCCCCGUCGUCAUUACCGGCAAAGACCAGCAUGGUGCCAAUGAAAAGGGUGCGGGACAGCCUAUUGAAGGUUAG